CCGCCGCAAAUCAGUGAACGUCGUGCGGGUUCGUUCGUCCCUUCCGGAGCGGGUGCGCGUGUGCGGUCCCCGUCCGUAUCGUCGGUGUUUCCGUACGUAAAUGUUCACGUCGUAUGACUCGUGCCGCUGAGCAGAAAACGGGGGAAAAAAAGCAGAAAGAAAAAGCAGAAGUCGCGCGCACCGGUGUAACAUUACGUUUUACAGGAGGCGGACGACAAACAGAAGUUGUCGAAUAUGGCUUCGUUGUUGACACGGUGGUUUUUCGUUCUGUGUUUGGCGCUUUUUGCAGUUACGAUUUCCGACUGCAAGGACCUGUUCGAGCUGUCGGCCAUAGUGCCUAGAUACGCUAAGCUAGGCGAGACAGUUGUGCUGAGGUGCAAUCACACGGUGGCCGACAAUCAGCUGUACAAAGUGCAGUGGACCAAGAGCAAUGACAAAUUGUUCCAGUACAUCCGGGGACGCGUGCCGCCCUUUAUCAAUCACACGAUACCUGGAGCAAAAAUUGACUGGGGUCAAACGAGCUCUUCGAAUUUAGCACUGAUGGACGUACAACAUGAUGCUUCUGGUCUGUACGGGUGCACAGUGACCACUGAAUCACCGAUAUACAGUAAAACUUCAGAAUUUCAUGAACUCACAGUGAUAAAAAUUCAAAACGUCGAUCCGACAAUCGAUAUUUCCAAAGAAGUGUUUAACGUGGGAGAUAUAUUGGAUGCCACGUGUACGUCAGGACCUUCAAAACCAGUGCCUGAGAUCACUUGGUUAGUCAACGGAAGAAAGCCCCCGGACACGUACAUGAAACCGAUUUUGAAAGCAGCGUCGGACUCGGCGACCGCGAUGCGACUCACGUUACCCGUCUCGGACCGACUCGGUGCCGAGGUCCAUCUGACAUGCCUAUCAACCAUACCUGGGUUCCUGAACGAAAAAUCUGACUAUCAUGACUACGCCGACUACAGAUCAUCGUCGAUUAUUGUGAGUGUGGCAGUCAAAUCUGAACCCGUGACCGCGGGAUGUGGAAAAGAAUUUAUUAGCACCGUCGCCGUCGUCGCCGUCGCCGCCGUCGUCGUUGCGGCGACCGCCAACGCCGCCGCAGCCACCACCGCGUUCCCGACGUAAUUUACGAGACGGGUCUGCGCACGCACCACCACAACUACUACUACUACUACCCCUACUACUCUACUACUCUACUACUACUACUACUAUUACCACUAGUACCACCACUACUACUGCUAAUUUUACUACUACUACUGUUGAGCUAUGUAUGCACAACUGUUUGUUGUCGUAUUGUUAUUGUUCUCCGCUUCUCGUCGACCCACCCUCCUCCUACCUCAGAGAAUCUCACCACCGUAUCCGAACACCGGUGGCGGGUGGAGCGCACGCCGCAAGGCUUCAGCUGAGCGCCCAAAAAAUACCCAUAACUCCGGGCCUCAAACCGACAGCACCCCCCGUCCCCCAUUUCGGCAGCAGUUCGUCUCGGCCGUUUCACCGUACAUGCGCACAAACACACACACGCACACACACACAAAUAUAUAUUAUAUAAAUGUGCAUGUACGUGUAUAAGUAUGUAUAAAAACAUAUACAUCACCGGUCGUUCGCCGCCACUUCAUUAUUUUGUUUUCGUCUCCAUAACGGUCUCGUAACAAUAACGUGACAUAAUAAUAUUAUAACAACCGUUACUCUAGCGCAUCGUCGUCGUCCAUCGUCUUCCGCCUACGGUUUUAUUAUUUAUUUACUUAUUUUUUUUUAUUUGGUAUACUUACACACGCACAACUUGUACGUCAUCCGCGCGCGUUCGUAUUCGUACGUACAGUAACAGUCGUGGUCGGGUACGCGUCCGUCUGUCUCACAUGAUUCCGUUUUGCGCUAGUGUGUGUGUAUGUGUGUGUGACGCCGUAAAAACGUAUACUAAGAAAACGCUCAAGAUACUCGAAUCGUGGAAUAAAAACGUAAAUAUUUUUUCUCUCCUCUUAUCAUGGUAAGUUUUGUACAAAAACCCUUGCGUAAAAACAAAAAAAAAAAAA